CUGGGCACGGUGGGCCGGCGAGCUGGACUGGUUCAACCCUGGGAAACCAUCCUGGACUGGUCGGAUGCACCCUUCGCCAAGUGGUUUGUGGGCGGUCAGCUCAACGCAUCAUACAACUGCAUCGACCGGCACCUGAACGGGCCGCGCAAGAACAAGGCGGCCAUCAUCUGGGAAGGCGAACCGGGCGACUGGCAGGUGUACACUUACCGCGACCUGUACCGGGAAGUCUGCAAGUUCGCCAACGGACUGAAGAGUUUGGGCGUGCAGAAGGGCGAUCGCGUAACUCUCUACCUGCCGAUGGUGCCCGAACUGGCGAUAGCGAUGCUGGCUUGCGCUCGCAUCGGCGCGCCCCACAGCAUCGUGUUCGGUGGGUUCAGCGCUGAGUCGCUGCGGGACCGCCUCGAAGAUUCCCAGUCCAAGGUGAUGAUUACCGCCGACGGCGGCUGGCGACGGGGCAGCGUCAUUCCGCUCAAAACCAACGCCGAUGCGUCGGUGGAGGGCGAAACUCCGGUGGAGCAUGUCGUUGUGGUGCGCCGCACCGGCCACGCCGACGACCAGAUGCAAGAGGGUCGGGAUGUGUGGUGGCACGACCUGGUGGCCAACCAGCCGCUGACCUGCGACCCGGAGCCGAUGGACAGCGAAGAUAUGCUCUUCAUGCUGUACACCAGCGGCACCACCGGCAAACCCAAGGGGAUUGUCCACACCACCGGCGGCUACAUGACCGGUACGUAUGCCACGACCAAGUGGAUUUUCGAUCUUAAGGAAGAUGACGUGUACUGGUGCACCGCCGACAUCGGCUGGGUUACCGGACACAGCUACAUCAUUUACGGCCCGCUGGCCAACGGCGCAACAACGGUGAUGUAUGAGGGCUCGCCCGACUAUCCCGACCGGGACCGGUUCUGGGCCAUCGUCGAGAAAUACGGCUGCACCAUUUGUUACACCGCUCCCACAGCCAUCCGCACCUUCAUGCGCUGGGGAGAGGAGUAUCCGGAGCGCCACGACAUGUCCUCGCUGCGGCUGCUGGGCUCGGUGGGCGAACCCAUCAACCCAGAGGCAUGGGUGUGGGGCAACGAGGUUGGACCUGGCGGCGGCGGCUAUCUGGUGAUCCGGCAACCGUGGCCCAGCAUGUUGCGCGGCAUCUACGGCGACCCGGAGCGGUUCAAGGAGCAGUACUGGUCCAACUACGAGGGCAUCUACUUCACCAGCGAUGGCGCCAAGCUGGACGAGGAAUCCUACUUCUGGCUGCUGGGUCGGGUGGACGACGUGAUCAACGUGUCGGCGCACCGCAUCAGCACGAUGGAGGUGGAGUCGGCGCUGGUGGACAAUUUGAAGGCCAUCGUUGCGUUCGUGACGCUGAAAGACCACGUGACCGCCUCCGACGACGUGAUCGCCGAAUUGAAGCAGCACGUCGCCGGCAAGAUCGGCUCCAUGGCCCGGCCCGACGACAUCUACUUCGCCGCCGAGCUGCCCAAAACCCGCAGCGGCAAGAUCAUGCGCCGCCUGCUCCGAGACGUUGCCGAGGGUCGGGCCCUGGGCGACACCACCACUCUGGCCGACCCGGCCGUGGUGGAGAUGCUGAAAGAGCAAUACGGGGACGAGGAGUAG